CACCAUCACAAGCAACAGGUUGACGUUGCGAACGGAAAAUUUACCACGGGAAAACCUGGACAUUUUAACUGGAUAACCGCAAUGAGUGAAAAGACUUAAAGGUGUUGCGAAUAAACCCAUUUCCUGACUGAGCCAAUGUUGUUGCUUUUCUGUUAUCGAAAAAUUGUGUACCAGUUCCUCCACUAAAUACCGUUUGAAUGAAGAUUAAAGUGAAAAUGGUUAACCGAUCGGCUGCGUGUGUCUCCAUCAUACUGAUGUAUUGCGUACUUUGGGUGGCCUGCUCGUUCCCGGUAGCAUUAUCAUGCGAUUCCUGUGGGCGCGAAUGUGCCUCAGCGUGCGGAACGCGUCAUUUCCGUACGUGCUGUUUCAACUAUCUACGGAAGCGAAGCUCAACCCCUCCGCUUACGCCACCACCUCCCAUAGCCAACAUCCGCGGUGGACUGAAUCUGGAACAGUGGUUAUCGAAGUCCCGCUUGGAAGAUGAACACCUAACCAGCAACCAUCAACACCGCCCACCGGCGAUCGACCUGGAAGGCCUGUUUGGCGCCAACAGGAAUGCACUAGAAAACGAAAUCGACUACGAACUGAAGGACGGUGGCACCAGUUCCAGCCAUGAAGCCGGAAGCAGCAAACGGAACUCGAUUGUAGCCAGUCACACCAGCAGUCACGUCGGUCGAUACCGGCACCAUCGACUGGAGGACGACCGGGAUUCAGAACAACAACGAGCAGCAAGUGACGAAUCGGAUCCCGGCAGAUUGCAGCUUCUAUACGAAAACUAAUUCCAGUGAGAAGUGAAUCUAUCAUUUCACGUCCCGUAACAAUUCGAGCGUCGUGGUUGGCUCCAAGGGCUGGGUUGAGCCAACCACAGCGCUCGGACUCCCAUUGAAUCCCCACCUGUGAAGAAUAAUUCUGAAAAAAAUUAACGAUCCUACCGGAAUUCCCUAAGAUGAAGGCGAAAUUCAAAGAGAAACGGCAAACGGAUUUCAUAUGCGAUCGCUGAAGCACUCACUAAUUAAUGCGAUCACAUCUCAAUUCAAAGAAGGCUUCAAAGACUAUAGCUGUGUAAUAAACCAUUGUAAAAAGUUGUUUCACUAUUUGUAUUAUACACUGAAAAC